GAGCAGACCAAUCACAGAGCUCGAUGGGACGUUAUCUAGCCGCUAUUCAGGCCUUUAUAAACUUUGUGUACCUCGGCUGUAGGGGCACAAUUUUCGGCUUCUCAAUCUUCAACAACACAUUAUUUACAUAGGAAACCACAACAAUGCUGCUUCUAGCUUUGCUAGCUGUCUGCCUGAGUGCAGUCCUGUCCGCCCCCAGUCUGGACCCACAGCUGGAUGAACACUGGAACCUGUGGAAGAGCUGGCACACUAAAAACUACCAUGAGAAAGAGGAGGGCUGGAGGCGAAUGGUGUGGGAGAAGAACCUGAAGAAGAUUGAGCUGCACAACCUGGAGCACUCCAUGGGCAAACACUCCUACCGGCUGGGCAUGAACCACUUUGGGGACAUGACUCACGAGGAGUUCAGGCAGAUUAUGAAUGGCUACAAACACAAAGCAGAGAGAAAGGUUAAGGGAUCUCUGUUCAUGGAGCCCAACUUCCUGGUGGCCCCUAGUACUGUGGACUGGAGGGAAAAGGGCUACGUCACUCCCGUUAAAGACCAGGGUCAGUGCGGCUCCUGCUGGGCUUUCAGCACCACCGGGGCUCUGGAGGGCCAGGUGUUCAGGAAUACCGGCAAACUGGUGUCACUGAGCGAGCAGAACCUUGUGGACUGCUCCAGAGCCGAAGGCAACGAGGGCUGCAACGGCGGUCUGAUGGACCAGGCCUUCCAGUACGUCAAGGACAACCAGGGUCUGGACUCUGAGGAUUUUUAUCCCUACCAGGGAACAGAUGACCAGCCGUGUCAGUACGACCCCAAGUACAGCGCUGCCAACGACACUGGAUUUGUUGACAUUCCCAGCGGCAAGGAGCGCGCUCUGAUGAAAGCAGUGGCUUCCGUGGGACCCGUUUCCGUUGCUAUUGAUGCUGGUCAUGAGUCCUUCCAGUUCUACCAGUCAGGAAUCUACUAUGAGAAGGACUGCAGCAGCGAGGAGCUGGACCACGGUGUGCUGGCGGUGGGUUACGGCUUUGAGGGAGAAGACGUGGAUGGCAAGAAAUACUGGAUUGUGAAGAACAGCUGGAGUGAAAGCUGGGGUGACAAAGGCUACAUCUACAUGGCCAAAGACAGAAAGAACCACUGUGGAAUUGCAACAGCAGCCAGUUAUCCUCUGGUUUGAAAACAGCCUCACGUUGUAGCACCAUAGUGUUUUUUCUUUUUUUUUAAGUCCAGUAGUCUGUCUGGUAAGGAAAGACGAGGCUUCAGUGAGAGAUCCAUUGACAGGAGAUUCUGUAAUGUUUCGUGAGGAGAGACACUCGUUUUUAGGGAAAUUUUGGUUGAUUUUGGUUUUUACGACACUUUACUUUGUCUUAUGAAAUUGUAGCAGAGUGUUUUAUUCUUUGUAAAUAUGUGUAUGCUACUCUGUAAGUGAUUCAUAAACACUUGCUUUGGUCAUUGUAAAUGAUUUUUAUUUUCUACUUUUACUGUGAUCAAUAAAAAUGGUAAAACACUA